AUGCAAACGAUAUCUCCUAUGAAUAUUUAUAACGGAAAUAUGGAGUCAAAUCAACAUAACAUUACCACUGAUAGGAUUACUAAUUCACCAAUUAAUAGUUCUUUUAUCAGUUCUAAUAAUAGUGACAAUACUGUUACUAUUAAUAGUAACAAACCCGGAGUUCCCCUUUUAAAUUUAUCAUCUUCUGAUACUAGUAUUACAUUAUGGCAAUUUUUAUUCGAAUUACUUAUGUCCGGAAAGUAUAAUGAAGUGAUACAAUGGACAAAUAUUAAGGAUGGAGAAUUUAAAUUAAUUGAUGCUGAAUCUGUAGCAAGAUUAUGGGGACAAAGAAAAGGAAAACCACAAAUGAAUUAUGAUAAACUUUCAAGAGCAUUACGUUAUUAUUAUGAUAAAAAUAUUAUAAAGAAGGUUACGGGUCAAAAAUUUGUUUAUCGUUUUGUAAGUUUAUUGGAAGAACUAGCAAAUAACACUAAUACUACAUCAUCAUCAAUUGGAUAUAUAAAUGAUACAGUAGGAAAUUUAUCAAAAUUAAAACAUCAUAAUUCAGAAAUUAUUGAAAAAAAUCCACAUAUUCAACAGGCACUUAAUAGAAAUGGAUAUGGAUCAGGUAUAAUGAAUAAUAAUAGACAAGAUUGUGAUGUUUUACAAAAUUCUGUUUCACCACCAAGUACGGCUUAUAGUCCAAUAAGUAUUGGUAGUAGUUCAUGUGUUAGUAAUACUGAUACUAUUUCAUCUGUUGAUCAUUCAUUUAAUUCACCUCAUCUUAUCAAUUCAUUAGAAGGAACAUCGCCACAAUAUUUAAAACGACCAUCAUCUCAGGAACCUUCAAAUACAGAUGAUGGUAAAAAGAAAAGAAGGGUUGUCACAACAUUAACAAAUAAUGAAAUUUCAACAUUAGAAACAUUAUCAAAAACAAAUGGUUUAACUACUUCACAAAUUCAUGAUUUUCUUAUGAAUAGUUCAAUGAGUUCAUCAUUUAAAACAAUAACAGAAUCUGAUAUUGGAUAUCAACAACAAACAAAUAAUAAUGUUGAAACAAAACAAGAUACAUCACAAAAAUUACCAACAAUUGCCAUGUCAUUUGUUGAUAUUGGACCAGAUGGGGAUCUCGUUAGUCUACCUGUCUCAAAUAUUGAAAACAAUGAAGAAAAAACAUAUACUACUUUAACAAAUAUAACAAAAAAACAAUUAGAACAUGUAUCAAAUAAUGAUAAUAGCAUAAUAAAAAAACCGCGUCCAGAGCCAUUAAAUUUGAUACCAGUUAAUAAUGAAAGUACAAAUUUUGUUAAUUCAUUUCUCUCAGCUCAAAAUACCCCAUUAUUUGGAGGUGGUGGAAAUUUAUCAAAUAAUUUAUUAUUACAAAGUACCCUAAAUUCUCCAUAUUUUUUAGGAAAUCAUUCACAAUCUCCAUUUUUAACACAUUUAAAUCAAUUAUAUGCAGCAUCUAUGGAACAAAAGCAAUUGGCUAAUCUUUUAAAUGCCUCUGCAGCUUCUAAUUUAGCGGCUGCUUAUGCUGCAGCAUCAACAUUGACAAGUCCUUUAUUAGCACCAAAAACACCAAAUUUAUCAGACAAAUUUUCUGCAGCAUCAAUGUCAUCAAAAUAUCAACCUAUGAUAACACAACCAACAUUUACACCACCUGGACAAUCUCAAUAUUUCUUGUUCCCUCCACCUUCACCUUCAGCUAUGGCUCAGAUGGCAUCUCAUGGUAUCUCACCAGCAAUGCAUUCCCCAUUUUUUAAUGUAUCAUUUCUUGGAAAGAUGAAUAAAAGCCCUGAAUCAUUAAAAACACCGGUUCCAUCUUUCCAUUAA